AAUUAAAAAUUUAUUGGGAAAAUUGUUUUUUUAGAGCAAAAAAAUGAUAACUAUGUCCCUUUAGACUAAUCUCAUAUACUUUAUGUUCCAUUAGGCUAAUUAUUUUCAAAAUGACAAUAAUGCCCUUAAAAUUGUAAUUUUUAAAUAUAAUAAAUAAUGAAUUUGUUUUUUUGUUUUUUUUUAAAUCGAUUUUUUCAAAAUAUGAAUGUGAAUAUUCCCAAAUAUUUUUGUUUCCAUAUUUUUAGGAACUGAUUUUUUAUCCGUAGAAUAUAACUAAUCUGUAGAAAUCGAUUUCUACAGAUUUUUAGAAUUAUAGUAAUGUGUAGAUUUUGAUUUCUACAUUUUUUAGAUUUACAGUAAAUCUGUAGAAGUCGGUUUCUACGUGUUUUAGAUUUAUACUAAUGUGUAGAUUUUGAUUUCUAAAGAUUUUAGAUCAGUAGGUUAAGCGCGGAAUGUGUAUUCUAAAUAUUUUUAGAAUACUCUUAUUUAUGUAGAUCACAUAUUCUAAACAUCGUAGAUUCAAUGAAAAAAGUAGAUUUCGUUUUCUACUUCGUAGAAUGUCAUUUCUACUUUAUUUAGAACAUAAUCUGAAAUUUAUUAUUUAAACUGAAAAAAUACCACUAAGUUCAUAUAGGUAUUUUAUCAAUAGUUACCAUUUUUCCAAAAAAAAAUUGUUUGUAAAAAUAUUUAUUAAAUUUAUUUUAAAAAAUAUUAAAGGGUAUUAUAGACAAAACUGGCACAAAAUAAGUAUUAGUCUAAAAGGACAUAGUUGUUAUAAAUCAUGAGUGGAUUGCUACUAACCAAGACAAGGAAGAAUGGCCCAUCAGGCCACGACCAGCCCAAGCCGCGGCCGCAUCCGGAGGAGAGAGAGUCGGCCACACUUUGGCCGACUAUAGAUCUAGGAUGUUUUCCUUUUCUCUUCAUGUUUAUCUUUAAGUAAUUUUUUAUUUCCUUUGUAUUUAGGAUUUAUACUCUUUCCUUUUAUCUCUUCCUUGUAACCCCUAUAUAAGGGAACACAUUAUUCAGAAAUUAGACACACGAAUUCCCCAUUCUUUUACAACACAUUAUCAGCACGAUAGCCUCUAAAACCCUGAGACCAAAACAGAAACCUAAAAGCUUAAAACCGGCGACUCCAUCUUAAAUCCUAGACGUUCUUCGUCCGUUCUAAAACCUAGACGUCCUCAAAUUCCCGAACGUCCUCAGCUCCCGAUCGCGUCCUCAGCUCGCACCCGAGAAGAACGCGUCCGUCCUCAGAUCGCGUCCGAGACACCUCACGCCCGAGACAAGCUCGCGUCCGUCCUCAGCUCGCGUCCGACCCCGUCCGCGACCCGAUAGGAGACAGCAAGCGUCCGUCCGUCUCAUCUCAAAGUUUCAUCCGUUCUUUGGUGGUCUGGUUCUAAACCUCUACAAACAAAGGUAUACCGUGAUCUGAAAACCUAGAUAGAAAUAAAACCCUUAUCCAUUAUUAUAGAAACUUUGUUCUUGAUGAAAACCUAGAAACUACAUAAUUAAAAUCUACAAAUCUCAUAACUAGUAACAUGAAUGAUUCCACUAGAACAUGAUUGAUUGUUUAAAUUGUUUCUGAUCUGAAAUUGAGAAACCCUAAUGAUGGAAUCGAAAACCCUAAACCUAAGAAGCUAGAAUCUGAUUUAAAGUUGUUUUUGUUUGAUUGAUUUUUGAUUGAUCUGAGGUUUAGGAUUGUUAGAUUGAUUGAAAUAAUCUGACCUAGAAUUCAAAUCCUUAAGGCCUUGAAACCUUAAUCUAAGAUUGCUAGAGUUUAGAUUGAAAACCCUAGUUUUAUAAAAGAAGUAAAACGGAUUGAUUAAAGUUAUUACAUGAAUCUGAAUAUGGAAUUGUAUUCAUACUGUUUUAAUAAUAUCGACCAGCAUGUAGAUCACACAAACUUAAGAUUGUUUGCAUUAGUAGAUCUUCAUGGCCGUGUGGCCUUAUGUUUGAUAGCACCAUGGUCGAUUAGUAUUGUUUGAUUUCCAUAAAUGCAUAAGACUUGUUGUGGCCGAGCUUGCUGAUUAUCAUGCGGCCACAUGAUCACAUUGUGAACCUGAAAUUUGAAUGAUAAUGUGAUUCAGAUGUCGAAAAUAGCAAACAGAGACUAUGCAGCCCUUAAUCUCUCCGGAGACAACUACUUGCAGUGGGCGCUAGAUACAAAUAUCAGCUUAAGGUCAAAGGGACUUGGUGAUACUAUCACCAAGGACAACAAUGAGAAUGAAAAGAAUAGAUACAGGGCUAUAAGCUUUAUACGCCAUCAUCUCAUUGAAGGUCUGAAAGAUCAGUACAUGACAAUUGAAAAUCCACUAGACCUUUGGAAUGCUUUACAGCAUAGAUAUGAUCACCAGAAAACGGUGUUACUCCCAAAGGCUAGGAAUGACUGGAUGAAUCUCAGAUUCUUAGAUUUCAAGUCAGUGGAUGAGUAUAAUUCAGCCUUGUUCAAAACAGUUUCGAUACUAAGGCUUUGUGGUGAAGAAGUAACCGAAGAGGAGUUGCUUGAAAAGACCUACACUACGUUCCAUCAGUCGAACAUGAUACUGCAACAGCAGUACAGAGUGAAAGGUUUCGCCACAUAUACUGAUUUGAUCUCGUGCCUGCUCUUGGCCGAGGCAAACAAUGAGCUUCUGAUGAAGAACAGUGAAGCCAGACCUGUUGGAACAGCAGCAUUGCCCGAAGCCCAUGAGGUUGAAAAGAAAGAUCCCAAAGAAUGCAACUACGCCCAAGAUAAUAGAAGAUCACACGGCAAUGUCCGUAGUGGAUACAAGAGGUGUGGCCGUGACAACUACUCAAACGGCCGAGACAACUACUCGACCGGCCGAAAAGGAAACCACAAUAACUGUGGUCGUGGUUCCAAUUACGGCCGUGGCCGAGGUAGUUAUGGCCGAGGUCGAGGCGGCAUAUCCAAACCGUCUUACUCGACCAAGUCCGUUUGUCACAGGUGUGGGAUGGACAACCGUUGGGCCAAGAAUUGUAGAACCCCUAAGCACCUAUGUGAACUAUAUCAAGAGAGUCUCAAGAACAAGAACCCGGAGGCUCACAUGGCUCACAAUUCCGGAUAUGAUGCUGAUAAUGAAUCCGACUUUGCUAAUGAUGACCUAAUGGAUUUUGAGACUUCUGAUUGUCUCAAAGACUAGAUUUCGAAUCACUUGUCUUAUUGCUUUAUGAUUGCUUUGGUGUUUUUAUUUUAUUGUUUGGUGUUAUGACUUUUAUAAUAAGAAAGUUUUCAAAGUUUUAUAAAGUCUCUAAGAUUAGAAAUUUUAUUACUUAUAGAAAUGAAUGAUGAAAAGAGUAUACUUGUGGUGGAUAGUGGCACAAGUCACACAAUACUUAGAGACAAAAGAUACUUCAUGAAUCUCAUAAUGCAGAGUGCAAAAGUACACACCAUUUCGGGUGAGGCCAGCCUGAUUGAAGGUCACGGCCAGGCCUAUGUAUUGAUGCCCAAGGGCACUCAUCUAGAGAUCAAAACUGCCUUGUAUUCCCCAAGCUCUAGAAGAAGCUUAUUGAGUUUCAAAGACAUAAGAUUGAGUGGUUUCCAUCUUGAAACAUGGGAAAAAGGAAACAAAGAAUUCCUUAACAUAAUCUCGAUCACCAAAGGCAAUAAGAAGAUCCUAGAGACCAUACCUGCAAUGUCUACUGGUCUAUACUAUGCAAAUAUCAGUAUGAUCGAGGCUAAUGCCUCCGAGAUAUUCACUUUAUGGCAUAACCGCCUUGGCCAUCCCGAAACAAGUAUGCUGCGAAAACUGAUAAUGAAUUCACAAGGGCACACGUUCAAAAGAGUUGUCCCAUAUAAUCUCACAUGUGCAGCAUGUGCACAAGGGAAACUCAUAACUAGGCCAUCACCAGCCAAAGUUAAUAAAGAGACCUUACACUUUCUGGAAAGGAUUCAAGGAGACAUAUGUGGACCAAUACACCCACCUAGUGGGACAUUUAGAUACUUCAUGGUCCUCAUUGAUGCAUCGACCAGAUGGUCGCAUGUGUGUCUACUAUCCACAUAUGUGGACCAAUACACCCACCUUGGCCUUUGCACGCCUGCUUGCUCAGAUAAUAAGACUGAGAGCACACUUUCCAGAUUUCCCUCUUAAGACUAUACGUCUAGACAAUACUGGUGAGUUCACGUCCCAGGUGUUUAAUGAAUACUGUAUGGGGGUCAGUGUAGAACACUCCGUGGCACAUGUACAUACACAGAACGGCUUGGCCGAAUCCUUCAUUAAACGUAUCCAGCUGAUAGCCCGGCCAUUACUAAUGAAAUCUAGACUCCCGGUAUCAGCAUGGGGACAUGCGGUUUUACAUGCAGCAUAACUGAUUCGCAUCAGGCCAUCUAGUGAGCAUAGAUAUUCACCAUCCCAAUUACUUACGGGUCAUGAACCAGACGUGUCCCACAUCAAAACAUUCGGAUGUGCCGUCUACGUUCCAAUUGCUCCACCACAGAGAACUAAGAUGGGACAAUAGAGGAGGAUGGAAAUAUAUGUAGGAUAUGACUCCCCAACUAUUAUAAAGUAUCUUGAGCCGAAAACCGGUGAUUUGUUUAAGGCCAGAUACGCAGACUCACGGUUUGAUGAGUUCACAUAUCCGACCUUAGGGGGAGAUAAUAGCCGGUUGAUUAAAGAAAUAGAAUGGUCUCGACCAUCAACAUCUUGGCAAGAUCCUCGGACUAGAGAAUGUGAUAUGAAAGUCCAAAAGAUUAUACAUAUUCAAAAGCUAGCUAAUCAACUGCCAGAUACAUUUGCUGACCCAAAUAGAGUGACAAAGUCAUAUAUCCCGGCUUGUAAUGCACCCAUAAGAAUAGAUGUCCAGAAGGGACAAUGUCAAGUGGCUACAGAGUCUAAACAACGUUUGAAACAUGGUAGACCAAUUGGUUCCAAAGAUAAACAGCCUCGGAAGUCCAAGAGAGAUGCUGGAUCCGAGAGCAUCAAGGAAACCGUCCAGGACAUUGAUGGACCGGCCGAGCCGACCAGCGCGGUCGAGCCGAGUAGGCCGGCCACACCAGAUGAUCCGGCCGUUCUGCAUAGUGAGGUUCGGGAUGCUGGACUUCAUGGGACACCAGGGCCGGACAAUCAAGAGAUCUCUAUAAAUUACAUGAUGUCUGGAACACAAUGGAACAGAAAAGAUAUCAACGUUGAUGAUAUAUUUGCAUACAAGGUAGCACUUGAGAUCAUGGAUAUAGAUGAGGAUCUAGAACCCACGUCCAUAUAAGAAUGCAUGCAGAGAUCAGAUUGGAUCAAAUGGAAAGAAGCUAUAAACGUGGAGUUAGAAUC